CGCAGCCCCAGCCCCUUUUCCCGGAGCCGGUCUGGAAAGCCAGAGCUGGGCGCUCGGAGUCCGCGGUAGAUCGAAUCGCUGCCAGAGCUGGAGAAUUCUCCUCGGGGACCAAGCGGGGUCCUCUGAGCUCCGUCCCAGGCCGCCAGGACUGCAGCCACCGCCUUCCUCUCCCUUGCCCUGCCCUGCCGUGCGCUGCCAGUUGGUCAGUCCCGUCCGUCCAGUCCCAGGUGGCUACACUGCCCCCUCAGGUGCCGGCCUCGCGCUCCCGCACCCGAAGGCUUGACCUCGAGAGCAGCGUCCCGAACCCCCCUCCCCAAGUUCUCAGAGCCCCCCAGCCGAGAUGGCUUCAGUGACAGAAGGAGGUAAAGCUGGGGGAAAAGAUGCUUCAGACCAAAACUUUGACUACAUGUUCAAACUGCUCAUCAUUGGCAACAGUAGCGUUGGGAAGACUUCUUUCCUUUUCCGAUAUGCUGACGACACCUUCACCCCGGCCUUUGUCAGCACAGUGGGCAUUGACUUCAAGGUGAAGACUGUUUACCGCAACGAGAAGAGAGUGAAACUACAGAUCUGGGACACAGCUGGCCAGGAAAGAUACCGGACCAUCACCACUGCCUAUUACCGUGGUGCCAUGGGCUUCAUCCUCAUGUAUGACAUCGCCAAUGAAGAGUCCUUCAAUGCUGUCCAAGACUGGGCCACCCAGAUCAAGACUUACUCCUGGGACAAUGCCCAGGUCAUCCUGGUGGGGAACAAGUGUGACAUGGAGGACGAGAGAGUUGUGCCCACUGAAAAGGGGAAGCUCCUUGCAGAGCAGCUUGGGUUUGACUUCUUUGAAGCCAGCGCAAAGGAGAACAUUUGUGUCAGGCAAGUCUUUGAGAGACUGGUGGAUGUUAUCUGUGACAAGAUGUCCGAGACCUUGGAGACAGAGCCUGCCCUGGCCAGUGGGGCCAAGAACACGCGCCUCACAGAUACCCCUCCACUCCUCCAGCCCAACUGCUCCUGCUAGGCCUAGCGGGCCAUGCUCCCCCUGCUCUCUGGGAACUCACCCCAAAGCCCUACUUUCCCACACUCUUUCCUUUCUCUUGAAAUUCUCCCCUCCCCCUCCCCUUUGUUAACUGAACAGCUCUCUCAUGGGCCUCAACAUCUUUCUUCUAUAACUGGUCCUCAUGGAAUCUACCAUUUGUAUUCUGGGUCCUGGAAAAUGUGAUGCUCUCAACCCUCUGUGAGUGGGCCCUGCUUUAUAAAUGCUCCUGGGUUAGAAAGGACCUUUGAGGGCAUUGAGCCUCCCUCCCCCCCUUCCCAUUUCACAAAAGACAGAAUUUGGUUCCAGAGAAGAGGUGUGACUUACCCAAAGUCACCAAGCUGGGGAGUAGCAUAGCCAAGAUUUGAGUCCAUAGCACUGUACUGCAUCCCACUGAAAAAGCCUUUCCCAAAUCCCGAGGUUUGCCCCAUAUAACACCUUUUUAGGCACAGGCUGAUUGCUUAACAUGAGGGCCAUCCACAUGGCCAACACAAGGUUAGCUGGAGAGAGACAUGUAUAAAAUUGUCUAUUUCCCAUCCUGUUCCUUAGCGGGUUUCUUUUCUGGUUGUCCUGAGAACCUGAACCCUGUCCUAGGGGUACUCCUGGGGCUUGAAGGUAAUAAGGAGAGAGCUGAUCUCUGGGGAGCCUGGAAAUAUGGGAUUGGAGACUUCAUACUGGAAAGGACCUCAAAUAUUGUCAAGUCCACCUUGUUCCUUUUCACAGGGGAAGAAACUGAGGCCCAGUGAGGUAGAACUGGAAGAGAGGCAGCUCUUUUAGGAGAGACAGUGAAUAGAAGACUGGAUUUGGGAGAGAGGACAUGAGUUCAAAUCCCCACUUUUCUAUUUCCUGGAUUGCCGAUCUUGGGCAAACCCUCUCCUCUGUGUGGCCCUCAGCUUUCUCCUCUGUAAAAUGAGAGAUGAACUAAAGGACCUCUACGGACCUAACCAGCUCCACUGUGGUCUUAACAAGGAUGAAGGAGCCCAGGCUGGUUUAGAUACAGUUUAUUUCUUGACGGUGGAGGUGGGGUUCAGUGAUUCUCCUGAAGCACGUUCAGGGUUCCAUUACAAAAAAGAGUGAGGGAGGAGGUGUUUCUGGGAUGCUGGUUUUGUAUCUUUUCCCUCUGCCUAGAGCCAAUCUGCUCUCCUCCAUUCAAAAUGCGUCUGCUAGCAAGUAGUUGAUCCCUUCUUCAGUGGGUCUGAUCCUGGAAAGCCAACCCAGUAUGUCUGUUCUGGGGGACACAAGGAAACUGAAUAUAGAGCCCCCAACUAGAGCCCAUGCUCCUGGAAGAGUAGGCAAGUAAGCUAAAUCCUAGAAUCCCAGAGCUUGCUAGAGCCUCCAAGGUGCCUCGUCUAAUCAGUACCUAAACAAAACCCCCUCUACAACUUACCCAAGUGGUCACUCAGCUUCUGUUUGAAGAAUCCCAGUGAUGACGAGCUCCCUACAUUAACAGUUGUCAAACUAAUGACUUACUAGGAAAGAAAGUCUUUACCUGGUAUCUCAUAAUUUAGGGGCAUUUGCACCUAUGAGAUCAGGACUCCUUCCACUCUCUAGAUGGCAAAAAGGUAGGUUAGGUUGGAGUGUGUGACUAGAAAUACCACAAUAUACAUUGUAUCCCCAUGAGGCAGGUUCAUUUAGGUAACGGUUCAUUCCAAGUUUCUCGUCAAACCUAGAAAGGGCGAGAGACAGCAGAGAACAAAUUCAAGGCUGGAGAAAAGGUUCUUUUUGUGAAGGAAGUGGGCUGUCUUGGUAAGGCUUACCAAGACCCACCUGAUAGUCAUUUAAGAGGAGCUACUGGAGUGGUGAAGAAAGCAUUGGAUGGGGCAUUGGGAGACCAGAGUUCUAAUCCCAAUUCAGCCACUGACUUGCUGUGUGACCUUUGGAUAGUUCCUUCCCCUCUCUGGGCCUUAGUCUCUCCUCAUUAAAAUGGUGGGAUUGAGUUAGAUGAUCUCUAAAUCCCCCUCCACCACCAGAGUCCUUCCCUGUUCUGACAUCAUCUGUUCCAAAGCUCAUCCCACCUUGGACAAUCUAUGACUCCAGUGUCAGUCAAUCAAACAAAUAAGCAUUUGUUAAGUGCCUACUAUGUGCUAGGCUUGGGGAUGUAAAGACAAAAGUGAAAUAAAUAGUCCCUGCCUUUGAGGAGUUUACAAUCUAACCAGAGAAGAUGUCCAUAUACAGGUGUAUACGUCAUACAUAUAUAACAUGCGCCAGGUAAUUGGGGGGAGGUGCUAGCGAUUGAAGAGAUCAGGAAAAGCUUCAUAAAGAGGGCCGAGUCUUGAAGUUGGGGAUGUUAAGAGUUGGUAGUGAGAGGGGAGUGUAUUCCAGCCUGUGCAAAGUCAUGGAGGUGGGAGAUGGAGUGAACAGGGUGAGAAACAGUAAGGUAGCCUUAGAUCAUUUGGGACUGAGCUAAGCCAUCGAUCCUGACUCCACAAGAGCCUUAUUCCAGCAAGUAUUUGGGUAAGGAGGUGGGAAAGAGAGGACGAUUCCACUUUGGCCAAAAAGAAACCAAAAACUCCAUUGUGCCAAGAAGACCCUUUUGUAAGGGAGGCUGUGGGCAGCCUCACUCUGGAGCUGUCCAAUGUCCUGCCCCAGCCUACCUUUGAGUACCUGGGAAAGACAAAGGCAAGAGUUUGAGGAAAGAAGGGAGUUAAGGGCAGCCGUGUGGACUGGGACCUGAAGGGACCACUGAGCUUAUUGACAUGGCCUAAUCAUGUGAACCUCAGAUUUCCAUUCUUCAAAAUACGAUGACAGGACCAUGUAGAUCUGGAAGGAAUCUUAAACAUUAUGCAGUCCAAGCCCUUCAUGUCAUUGGUGAGGCUCAUGAGGUCUGGAGGGGCCAGUUCAAUACAUUUCAAAGUCAGCAAGCAUUUAUUAAGCACCUACUAUAUGCCAGGCACUGGGGAUAUAAAAAUAAAAUGAUCCAUGCUCUUAAGGAGUUUGGGGGAGAUAACAUGGGACUGACAUAAGUAAAUAUGAGGUAAAUUAAGGAGGGAGAGAACACUAGCCACUGGGUAGAUAAGGUAAGGCUUCUGGAUGAAGGUAAAGGAAUUGAAAAUUUCUGAGAGGUAUUGAAGCGACUGGUCCAAGGUCACACAGCUAGUAAAUGGCAGAGUCAGGAUUUAAAUCUAGGUUCUCAGACUUCUGGUCCAACUGCUUUGAGCAGCAGCAGCUGGUAAAAAUUCAGUUCAGUACUUGUUGCCAUUUACCUGAAUGAACACCCUCAGCUGCAAAGGAGAUCCACCUGUGUUUUGGGAUGUAUGACUAGAAAAAGAUUGCUAAUAACAUAGUGUACGCACUUCUGGCUUUACCUGGAUUAUCCUUAUGCCUUACGUGGGAUGAUAACUCCGGACUGAAAGGCAGAGUGGUAGAAUAGGAAGAGGCAUGGGUUCGGAGCCUGAGGAGCUGGGUUUCAGAUCCUCAUCUUCAGUACAUACAUCCUUGCUACUGUGUGACCUUUGAGUAAAUCAUUUAUCCUCUCUAGGCCUUGAUUUUAUAGGUUCAUAGAUUUAGAGCUGGAAUAAACCAAAGGGGUAAUCUGGUUCAACCUCCUUGCUCUCUAGAUAGUCCAGAGAGGUUAAGGGAUCUCGCCAAAGUUACACAGGGAGUAAGCGGCAGACCUCAGUAAGAGGAAGAGGUUUGACUAGAUCAGGAGUUUUAAUCUGGGUGGGGGAGGGGAGCUGUGAAUACAGAUAGAGAAAAUGACACCUUCAUUUUCACUAACCUCUGACUGAAAUAGAGCAUUUCCUUCGAUUAUUUAAAAACAUGAUUCACCAAACUGACUGCCAAAAGGGUCGACACAAGAUAGGUAAAAAACAAACAGACAAACCCCCUUGGACUAGAGGAUCUCUUCCUGAAAUUGUUUAGUUUAGUGGAAAGAGUACUGAAACAGGAGUCAUGGGAGCUGAGUUCAAAUCCAGAUUCUCUCACUAGCUGUGUGACCUUGAGAAAGUAAUAGGCUCUCUGGGUCUCAGGUUCCCCAUGUGCAAAAUGAGACAUGAUGGCCUCUGAAGUCCCAGAGCUCUGGAGCUAUGAUCCUAUGAUUCCCUGCCUAAUCUCAUUUGAGCUUUCGCCACAAUCCUCUGUAGAGAGAGAUUAUCUUCCCCGUUUCACAGAUGAGAAGAUUGAGGCUGGGGGCGGGACAUAGAAGGGAUAACUUGUACAAAAUGGCAGGGCUAGGAUUGUACCCCAGAUAUCCUGAUUCCAAGUCCUUUGCCUUUGCCCUCCACCAACACCUCUCCCUGUGCCUAUCAAUCUCCUCAUGCCCCUGUGCCCACAAGUGCGCUAGCCCUGCAUCUUGGGGUUUUCUCUGGUCCCCUUGGGGUUCAUGCUUGGUAUUCAGCAGUCUUUGAGUCUCCCAAAUAAAGACCUUGAGGGGACAUCCAAUUGAACCCUACAAAGUGGGUGUUUUAGGGGGAAACCUUCACACAGGAGCAUGAGAAGAUACGUGGGAUCACUCUAGCCACCCAAGCAGACUUCUCUGUCCCUUAAACCUCAGCCUUGCACUUGCCACCAUCACUCUGUCCAACCACACUGUGACGUCCAUCCAUCCAUCCACCCAUCCAUCCAUCCUGCAGCUAACAUUCUUCAAGCACCCUGCCCCAUCUCCCUGGAGCCACAUCCUGCCCUCACAAGGAGCAGAUAUAGGCCAAAUGUGCAAUACAGUAUUGUAUCUCUUGCGCUGUCAGUGAUCCAUGUGUGCGUGUGUGUAAAUAUAAACCAGUUCCUGAUUUA